AGCGGCCGUCGCACAGUUUUUGCCUACAUUUGAUAUCCCUCCGCCAGUCGCGUAUGGAUCCCUCUAGUCACAGCCAACCUACCUGGAAAAAUCACAUGGAUGCUCCUAUUUACAUGCUGAAUGUUUUCCAUAUUGGCUUCUGACUCGGGAGCCUCAGAGAGUGGAAUGGGACCCGGGACUCCUUUAUCUGGGGUCGGCGGAAGAAUCAUCGUCUUGGGCAGUAUAGCCUCUGCAAAAUCGAGCCGAUGAACCGCGAGAGUUAACUCCGCCCCUCGGCCAAUCCGAGACAGAGGCUUGCCGCGUGCCCCUCCCCUCGUGCCGGGCCGGGCCAAUGAGCGGGAACAGCUCGCGGCAGGGCGCCUGGAGGGGUGUGUGAGUGAGGAAGGGGGUGUAUGCAAUGCCCGGGCGGGCAGGAGAAGGAGGGUUGGUGGGCGCUGGGCGCUGAUUGUGCUCGGGCUGAGGGAACUCUUCGGGCUGUUUCGGGGGCUUGAGCGGGACGUGCUGCCCGGGGUCUCUGUGUGUGUGUGUGUGUGUGUGUGUGUGGAGCAGAUGAGGGCUGGGUGCUGAGGAGCGAGGCGGCGGGAGUGGGGCUCGGCGGCCUCUCCAAGGAGCUGCCCCCUCAGCUGGCUCCAUUGACGCCCAGUGACUUGGCUCGUCUGUUCCUGCUGAGGAGGGGCUCGCCGGGAACAAAGGGGGGCUCGGAGGUUGGCGUCUGAGAGCGGGGACAGGUUCCCUCAGCGCUGCACAGUGGUCGCGGCCGUUCCGUUCUCCCCACCCGCACGGAAAUAACACGGUCGUGUCAAACUCCCCCCCGGUGUCUACGGUUAAACGGCGACCGACUCCCCGUCCUCAUCCUCUAACAAGAGCAGGAAGCUCCGCUCAGCCUCGUCCGGGCUUCUUGGGCUCGGCGUGCAACUGUCCCGGGGCGCUUGUCUAACGAAGUUGCUGCUUUGGUCGUGUUGCCUGGGUCUCUUCUGCGGAGAACAGGGCUGCCCAAUGCGCUAGGAUGGUGCUCAGGCUGGAGGAGAGCUGGCCCUUGCUCGUAGGGAAGAGGUUCCUGAGCCUGUCUGAGGAGGAGGGCAACGGCCCGUGGGACACGGCUCGCGUCUCCGAAUGGCCCUGGAAAGCCGGCAGAAUCAGGGCCGUUUCGCACACCGAUGUUUCCAAACGGGACUUGAAGGUAUGUGUGGAGUUUGAUGGUGAGUCAUGGGAGAGAAGAAGAUGGAUCGAGGUCUACAACCAUAAAAUGAGAGGAUUUCUAGUAGAGCAAAAAUUGGUACUUGCUGAACGAGAAUCUCAAGCCAACUCUACAGAUAUUGUUCAGUGGCCUGCAAUGGUUUACAGAUUCUUAUUGGACAAGGCUGGUUUAGGAUCCGUGGUAUCUGUACGCUUUCUUGGUGAAGAGAGAUGUGUGUUUCUUUCUAAAGACCUUUUGAAGCCUAUUCAGGAUGUGGACAGUCUGAGACACACUCUUAUGGAUGAUCAGAAUGUUAAUGAAGAAAUUCAAGCUUUGAUUAUGAAACAUCUAGAUGAAAGCCACUUGAUGCAAGGUGGUAAGAAUGUAAUUGGUUCAAAAGUAAGGAUUUAUAGCUUGGAUCCAUCUACCCAGUGGUUCACAGCAACUGUUGUAAAUGGUAAUCCAACUACAAGGACUCUGGAAGUCAACUGUCAGGAGAUUCCAGCUUUAAAAACUCUUGAUCCAGAAUUGAUUCAUGUUGAAAUCAUACAUGACAGCCAUGAAAAGUGUGGCAAAUCUAAGAGAAAUGGGAGUAUGAAAAGAAAAUCAUCUGAUGAUAAAGGAAAUGUUGAUGCCAAACAUAUAAAGUCCUGUUCUGAGGUAUCACGUAGUCUGAGUCACGUACAGUCAGUACCAACAGUGUUUGGUGAAACAUUGCUAGGGUGUACGCCUGCAACCCCUGCUAGCAAAGACCUCAGGAACCAGGGCAUGCCUCAGCCAGCUAACUCGCCUCCUAAUGUUGGUGCAGAAACUCCUCAGGGCAUUUGCAAAGAGAAUUCACCAGAAGAACAUCCUUCUUGUCUUAAUACUAUGGUUAAAAUGUCAAAAGAAAAUCUGACGGUCUUCCAUAAAGCAGAGUUUCUAUCUAAAGAACAAACUAAAAAUCCUAAUGAUCAGAAUAGUAACUAUACCUCUUUGAAGACCUCAAGAUCGCCAUCUUUGACUGACGCACACAAUGAAAAACAAAGUGACUUGAAAAACGUCCACAAAUCUUUUACCAAGCCAAUGGCAAACUUCCCAAAGGAGCAUGUUCCUAUAAAAUCCCCACAGGACCUAGACAAUUCUUCCAGAGUAACAUCCAGGCUUAAUGGCACAUCAGAACUGCAGAAAAUCUUGGAUUGUAAACCUUCAACAUCUGAUGCUGCUGUUAGCCUUUUCACUGGGCAUGAGAUUAAAUUACAAAGCAGCUGCAAAGGAAACAAGGCAGAAAACUCCUUUUCUGCAUGUUCCUCAGUCAGAGGGAACUCAAAUGAGAUUUCAUGCGAGAGAAAUGAAAACGAAGGUGCUAGGACUGGAAGCACCAAUAAUGUCUACAACAAUGUAAUUGUUCACAGGUCAGUCUUGACAGAUGCUUGUAAAGUUAAGAAGCUGCAGCAAAGUGGGGAAGCUUUUGUGCAGGAUGGUUCCUGCAAUAACAUUGCACCUCACCUGCAUAAGUGCAGGGAAUGCCGCCUGGACAGCUACCGGAAAAACAAAGAGCAAAAAGACUCCGCUGUCUUUUGCAGAUUCUUUCACUUCAGGAGGCUGCGGUUCAAUAGACAUGGAUUGCUGCGUGAAGAAGGUUUCUUAACGCCUGACAAGUACGACUCUGAGGCUAUCAGCUUGUGGCUGCCUUUAGCAAAAAAUGUUGUGGGUCUAGAUCUAGACACUGCAAAGUAUAUUCUAGCCAACAUCGGAGACCACUUCUGCCGGCUGGUGAUAUCUGAAAAGGAGGUCAUGUCCACAAUAGAACCACACAGACAAGUAGCCUGGAAACGUGCAGUUCGAGGCGUUCGAGAAAUGUGUGAUGUGUGUGACACCACAAUAUUCAACCUUCACUGGGUUUGCCCCAAGUGUGGCUUUGGAGUGUGUGUAGAUUGUUACAGGAUGAAAAAGAAAAGCAUACAUGAAGAUGGUUCAUCUGAUACUUUUUCCUGGCUUAAAUGUGUGAAGGGUCAGUUACAUGAACCGGAGAACUUAAUGCCUACACAGAUAAUUCCUGGAAAAGCUCUCUAUGAUGUUGGUGACACUGUUCACUCUGUAAGAGCAAAAUGGGGAAUAAAGGCAAACUGUCCUUGUGCGAAUAAGCAGUUAAAGGCUCUGUCAAAACCAAAUCUGAAGGAGGAUCCAAAACAGAGUUUAAUCCCUGGAGAGAAAUCCACACUUCAGCAUAAUUUUGGCCUAAACCCAUUAGCCACUAGCUGUGAUUCUCCUGUAAAACCAACAUUUGGAAGUAAACCAGUCUCUUCAGUAAAUACUUCUCCUUCCUUAAAUUGGCUGGCUAACCUAACAAGUGGAAACGUGAAUAAAGAAAAUAAAGAUAAACUCCUCACGUCCACUUUAAAGAAUGAAAACAAACCUCUUCAGACCCUUCCCACUUUCACUAAACUCCCUACAGCCCUGCAGACAUUCAACAGUGCAAUAUUAACACCUGUGAGCAACAACAACACAGGUUUCUUGAGGAAUCUGCUGAACUCUUCUGGAGGAAAGACAGAAAGUGGGCUCAAGAGCACUCCCAAAAUCCUUGAUGACAUUUUUGCAUCGUUGGUGCAAAGUAGAACUCUCACAGAUUUGCCUAAGAAACCUCAAGGAUUAACUAUAAAGCCUAGCAUAUUGGGCUUUGAUACACCUCACUACUGGUUAUGUGAUAACCGCUUGCUGUGUCUUCAGGAUCCCAACAAUGCGAGUAACUGGAAUGUCUUUAGAGAAUGCUGGAAGCAAGGACAGCCUGUGAUGGUGUCUGGAGUGCAUCACAAACUAAAUGCAGAGCUUUGGAAACCAGAAUCCUUCAGGAAGGAGUUCGGCCAACAGGAAGUAGAUCUGGUUAAUUGCAGAACCAAUGAAAUUAUCACAGGAGCUACAGUAGGAGACUUCUGGGAUGGAUUUGAAGAUAUUCCAAGCCGCCUUAAAACAGAAGGAAGGGAGCCAAUGGUGUUGAAGCUUAAGGACUGGCCUCCCGGAGAAGACUUCCGAGACAUGAUGCCAUCUCGGUUUGAUGACCUGAUGAAUAAUAUUCCAUUGCCAGAGUACACUAGAAGAGAUGGUAAACUCAACCUUGCCUCCAGACUUCCCAACUAUUUUGUUCGACCAGAUUUAGGUCCUAAAAUGUACAAUGCAUACGGUUUAAUUACACCAGAAGAUAGAAAGUAUGGCACAACAAACCUCCAUUUAGAUGUGUCUGAUGCAGCUAAUGUUAUGGUUUAUGUGGGCAUACCAAAAGGGCAGGUCAAUCAAGAAGAAGAAGUGCUUAAAACUAUACAAGAUGGCGAUUCUGAUGAGUUGACAAUUAAGCGUUUUAUAGACAGUCGAGAGAAACCUGGAGCUCUAUGGCACAUUUAUGCUGCUAAAGAUACAGAGAAGAUCCGGGAAUUCCUUAAAAAGGUCUCAGAAGAACAAGGUCAAGAGAACCCCGUUGAUCAUGAUCCAAUUCAUGAUCAGAGUUGGUACUUGGACAGAUCUUUGAGGAAACGUCUUCAUCAAGAAUAUGGAGUUCAAGGCUGGGCUAUCGUGCAGUUUCUAGGAGAUGUAGUUUUCAUUCCCGCAGGAGCACCACAUCAGGUUCAUAACUUAUACAGUUGUAUUAAAGUAGCAGAAGAUUUUGUUUCUCCGGAGCAUGUCAAACAUUGCUUUUGGCUCACUCAGGAAUUCAGAUAUCUGUCGCAUACACAUACGAACCAUGAAGAUAAACUGCAGGUGAAGAAUGUCAUAUACCAUGCUGUUAAAGAUGCAGUUGGGAUAUUGAGAGCUAAUGAAUCCAGCCUUAGCAAACCAUCAGGUGGAAAGCCUUAACCAUGAACUGUGAAACUGAAAAAUAUUGGCAGCAGUUUAAACUAUUCCAUCAGGACCUCCUGUGGAUGCUGAGAUUUUAUUAAUGUUACCUCAUCUUCCUUUCAGCAGUACCAGAGGAUCAUGGUACUUUGUUCUAUAUAUUUGUCUAAUGUUUACAAACCUGAGAUGUAUAUGUAGUAAUAUUAACUACUCUGACAUACUGUGAAUGCUCAUUUGCAAUAGAAUUUUAUAAGGAAAAACUCUCCAAACUGUACAAAGAUACCUCCUGUAAACCUUACUCUGAAAAAUAUGUAUACUGGUAAUUUCCAAAUUAUUCAUUUGAAAAAAGUUAAUCAAGACAUGAUGCAAAAGUCAUCAACUUUUGUAAUUUGCUUUCGGGGGGAGGGGACAGGAGGAAAUACAAAGUUUUGAUUUAAUAGCCAAACAGUAAGUGUACUGAGAGUGCAGUUCUUAAGUUUUUACAUUAACACAGAACUAGCAUCAAAAAUAGUAUUAAAACUAGUGUAUAUUGACAAGGAUGGGGAUUAACCAUUUUCAAUUAAAUGUGUUUACAUUUCUAAAUGUUAAAUGAAAAGGGCAUUGCUCAUUAAAAAUUCCUGUAUUGAAACUUUGA